AUGACCAUCUACGGCAACCAAAGCAACGUCAACCUCGUUUCCCCUAAAUUUGUCUCGGAAGUCCUCAAGGUUGAGUUUCAACCGUGGGAAGCGACCAUCAGCACUCCCCAGCUCGGCACUGGCUCCCAGGAAAUCCAGGGUUGCGUCGAUUUGUACUGGAGGCCAGAGGGAAUGACAAACUUCAAUUGGACACGAUUCAUGGUCGUCAAGCAGUCGGACCCCCCGUUUGAUGUUGUUCUUGGCUGUGGAGACGCCGCAAGUUACGGCUUAAUCUAA